AUGAGUGACGCCAUCCCCGUCCGCGACCCACGCGAGCCACGCUUCCCUGUGAUCGUUAAGCACCCGACGUUUAGUGACGUAAAGUCGAAUUUUAACGGAGGCGACUACUUUCGUUGGCUCGGAAUUAGCGCAUUCUCCUUCCCCGCUGGCUACGUCUUCGGUUUAAAGCUACAUCGUCACGUGGCUGUACCAUCCAUGGUUGUUACGGGUGUGUUGGGCUCACUGGGAGGCUUUUUGUGGGCCUUCCAGAACUCAUCCUUUCGUCUUCAAGGGUACAAGGCAAACCCAAUGGAAGUGAAGCAAUAUAUCACCAAUAAGGAGGAGUGA